UAGACAUAUAUGUUUCGUUGUAUGCCUAAAAUUGAUGUCCGAACAACUGCCACUUCUUUGAUGUCCUCUUCUAGCACAGAAUCUCUCUCUCUCUCCCCGCACUAUGCCAAACAACUGGUCUUGCUCCAACUACCUCAGUUCUUCACUUCACUUUACAUCGCUGUCUUCGUCGUCCUCUGUGCUCUCUCUCUGACAGACAAAAUCAUCUGAGCACUCGACAUUUUCCACACAUCUCUUCAUCAAAAAAACCAGAAGGCGUGCUCUUCACAACUGAAUUGAAGUUGAGAAGCAAAGAGAGAGAGAGAGAGAGAGAGAGAGGGCAAAUGUCUAUUGAGGCCAAUGGAGACGAUGAAUCCCAGACUCACCCUCUACUUUCCUCCGAGAAACCAUCCCUUGCAAGGUCCGCGUCCCAAGUAGCCAUUGUUGGAGCCAACUUGUGCCCCAUUGAGAGUCUUGAUUAUGAGAUCUCAGAGAAUGAUUUCUUUAAGCAAGAUUGGAGGACCAGAGGGACGGUCCAGAUAUUUCAGUAUGUGCUCUUGAAGUGGCUGUUGUGUUUCUUGAUUGGUGGGAUUGUUAGCCUUGUUGGGUUUUGCAACAAUCUCGCAGUUGAAAAUAUUGCGGGCGUUAAGUUCGUGGUAACUUCGAAUAUGAUGUUGGCUCGGAGGUUUGUGAUGGCUUUUGUUGUUUUUUGGGCAUCCAACCUUAUGCUUACCUUGUUUUCUGUGCUCAUCACGGCUUCUGUAUCGCCAGCAGCUGCCGGAUCGGGUAUACCAGAAGUAAAGGCUUAUCUGAAUGGCGUGGAUGCGCCAGGAAUUUUUUCACUGAAGACAUUGUUUGUUAAGCUCUUUCUGAAGAGUAGAUGCCUCUAUGAACCUUCUUCAAAUUGUUGGAAUGUGAUGAUAAUUGGAAGCAUCUCCGCUGUGUCCUCAUCUCUUAUUGUGGGAAAGGCUGGACCUAUGGUGCAUACCGGUGCAUGUGUUGCUUCGCUGCUUGGUCAGGGCAGGUCAAAGAAAUAUGGCUGGACUUGGUCAUGGCUGCAGUUUUUAAAAAACGACAGGGACAGAAGAGAUCUCAUCGCAUGCGGAUCAGCUGCUGGAAUCGCUGCUGCUUUUCGUGCCCCAGUUGGUGGGUUGCUGUUUGCCCUCGAAGAGAUGGCAUCUUGGUGGAGAAGUGCCCUUCUGUGGAGGGCCUUCUUUACGACAGCUAUAGUACUGAUGAUACUAGGAGCGCUGAUUGAGUUCUGCGAAAGUGGAAAAUGUGGGCCAUUUGGUAAAGGCGGGUUAAUAAUGUACAAUGUCACUUCGACAGAUAUCUCGUAUCACCUAUGGGAUGUCCCACCAGUUCUCCUCCUUGGUGUUCUAGGGGGCUUAUUCGGCAGCUUGUAUAAUUUCUUGCUGGAUAAGGUUCUUCGAGUCUACAACGUCAUCAACCGGAAAUGUAGUGGGUACAAGAUUUUACUUGCUUGCUCCAUUUCCAUCUUCACAUCCUGUCUCUUAUUCGGAUUACCGUGGCUUGCAUCUUGUCUACCAUGUCCAGCCGAUGCCGAGGAGCCCUGUCCUACGAUAGGACAAUCUGGGAGCUACAAGCAGUUCCAAUGUCCUCCUGGGCACUACAACGAUCUUGCCAGCCUCAUCUUUAACACAAAUGACGACGCAAUCAGAAAUCUUUUUAGCAAAGGCACAAAUGAUGAAUUCCAGUAUUCGUCUAUACUCAUCUUUUUUGGCAUCUGCUUUUUCCUUGGCAUAUUUAGCUAUGGCAUCGUGGCUCCCACUGGCCUCUUUGUACCAGUGAUUGUGACAGGCGCAUCUUAUGGACGUUUCAUUGGAAUGUUAGUUGGUUCUCACUCAACUCUUAAUCGCGGUCUUUUUGCUGUGCUUGGUGCUGCUUCCUUUCUCGGUGGAACAAUGCGAACGACGGUUUCAGCGUGCGUAAUCCUCCUGGAAUUGACAAAUAACCUGCUAUUGUUGCCACUAAUGAUGCUGGUUCUUCUAGUUUCGAAGACAGUCGCAGAUGCCUUUGAUAGCAACAUCUACGACCUUAUCAUGAAGGCAAAAGGGUUCCCAUUUCUCGAAGCUCAUGCCAAACCAUUCAUGAGACAACUAACUGUCGGUGAUGUGGUGAAAGGCCCGCUCCAGCUAUUUCACGGCAUCGAGAAGGUUGGAAAUGUUGUACACGUGCUCAGAACCACGAUACAUAAUGGUUUCCCAGUGAUUGAUGAGCCUCCGGUUUCAGGAUCCCCCGUCUUGUACGGUCUGAUACUGCGAGCGCAUCUCAUCGAACUACUAAAGAAGAAGGCCUUCCUGUCCUCUCCAGAGCCAACAGGCAUCGAUGUCUCUGAGCAGUUCUCAGUAGUUGAUUUUGCAAAGAAGGGAUCGGGAAAUGCCAACAAGAUACAGGACAUAGUCGUUACCGAGGAGGAGGAGAACAUGUUCUUGGAUUUGCAUCCAUUCACUAAUGCUUCGCCUUACACAGUCGUGGAAACGAUGUCACUAGCGAAAGCUCUCAUACUUUUCCGUCAAGUUGGUUUGAGACACCUGCUAGUGAUUCCGAAGAUCAAGCGGAGAUCACCUGUGGUGGGGAUAUUGACGAGACACGAUUUCAUGCCAGAAGACAUGAUAAGCUUGCACCCGGCAUGGACAAGGAGCAGAUGGAAAAGAUGGAGAUUGACAUCCCCUCGUUGGCUAAAUCCGUUUUAGCAUGACAAUCUCGCAUUUGAAGAUAGAAAAUCACUUGAUCACUAUUUGAGAAGGGGUCUGAUCGCACAGCCUAUGCAACUGAUAGCUUCAAGCAGAUAGUGUAUCGGCUUAAAUCCUCCUGCUGUACUAGACAUGUCCGGGCAUAGUAUUUCACUGCAUAUCACCAUAGUUGAAUGCCCCCCCUCUAACUUGAGAUGUUGGAAACAUUGCUGCUUGAAAGGUAGUGAAAGCUAUAAGUUCAGUUGUUA